AGAAUGCUUCUUUUUAAUAUAAGCAGGAAGCUCAUUUUGACAUAGCAAUUUCGCCCUCUGCUGGUGGUCAAGAGUUUCUGGACCAUCUACCUUGUGAAACAACCCUCAACAACAGUAUGUUAAUGUGAGACUGUGGAUCAAUUAUGCACUACUUUUAUAACUCUGACUUGCUAAUUAUAAGUUCAACAGCCUAUUAAUGCAGCAGUGAAAACAUGAUAUAUUCAGGUUAAAAUAGGAUUCAGAUUUAAAAAAAAAAGUUGUAUUCCAGAAACAGAUGUUCAAGUAUGGAGAGGAAAUUUCCUCUGGUGAGGGUGGAGAACAAAGAGGAGAAACUUUAUUAAAGUGUCUCAGAAGUACUAUAGUUUAAAAAGGUGAUUGGGAAAGAGCCACUUUUAAGGCUGUGUAUUCAGAAAACAGGAAAUAAUCUUCUGUCCUGAGGAUAUGUCAUAUGACAUUAGGGAAAAAUAAAAUGGCAGUAACAUAAGUGAAACACAUUUAUAAUCAGAUUUUUUUUCAAAACUGAAUAACUGUGAGAAUGUACUAGUACAUAUAGGGUAAAUUUUUCUGGGUAUGUCAUUAGAAGACUUAUCAUUCAAAUGUUUGGAUUUGCAUUCCCACAGCUUCAUGUGAAGAGCACCAGAUUUAAAAAGCAGUCUCUCUGAUUUUCUUCCUUGUGAGGAAAAACGAGUGUGAGACUCUAGCUAUGAUCCAGGAGUUGACAGAUGAUCAGAUUUCUCCAAGCUGUAUGUUCCUGUGUACAAGAUCCUCAGGGGAAGGUAUUUAAGAUCAUCUACAGGGAAACGCUAAGAUUCAUCUUAAGAAACAUGGCCCUUCUUUUGUCAGUUACUCUUCAUUCGGUCCUCAUGUCAACAGAAUUCUUCAUAGGGAUUACAGUCAAUGGAUUUCUUAUAAUCAUGAGCUGUAAUGACUUGAUCAAAAGCAGAAGGCUACUACUAUUACAAAUCCUCUUACUAUGUAUUGGAAUAUCAAGAUUUGGCCUGCAGAUGAUCUUAAUAGUACAAAGUUUGUAUUCUGUGUUCUUUCCACUUGCUUAUCAGGCAAAUAUUUAUGGGGCAAAGAUGAUGUUUUUUUGGAUGUUUUUUAGUUCUAUCAGUCUCUGGUUUGCCACCAGCCUUUCUAUAUUUUACUGCCUCAAGAUUGCAACCUUCACUCAUUCCUGUUUUCUUUGGCUGAAAUUCAGGAUUUCGAAGCUUAUCCUCUGGCUGCUCCUGGUCAGCUUGCUGGCCUCUUUGAGCACUGCAGUGGUAUGUACUAAGGUAGAAUUACCUAAAAUCGACUAUGCUGAUUUCUUCACAAACACUACCCUAAAGAGUGCUACAGCCAACAUAAAAAAUAACAACGAAUUGCUUCUUGUCAACUUGGCAUUAGUCCUUCCUCUCUUCAUAUUUGUGAUGUGCACUUGCAUGUUAUUCAUCUCUCUUUACAAACACACUCACCGGAUACAAAACGGACCUCAUAGUUUUCCCAAUGCCCAGAGAGAAGCUCAUAUAAAUGCAUUAAGAACAGUGAUAACAUUCUUUUGCUUCUUUAUUUCUUAUUUUGCUGCCUUCAUGACAAAUAUGACAUUUCAAAUUUCUUACAGAAGUCAUCAGUUCUUUGUGGUGAAGGACAUAAUGGCAGCAUACCCUGCCGGCCAUUCGAUUAUAAUCAUCCUGAGUAACUCUAAGCUCCAGCAAUCAUUCAGGAGAAUUCUCUGCCUCAAAAGGAAAUGAUGAAGAUGAGGACAAACAUGAAAUGAAAUAUUUUUCCUUGCCAUGAGCUCAGUGGACUUACUGGGGUUUUAUGUGCUCCCUAUCCCUUCUCUCUGACAAUAUCCUGCCCCCAUAACACCCCAAGGGACACCAAUUAUGAGAAGCUAAUUCUGAUAUUUGAUAGAUAGGAUAUUUCUUCUUCAAGGGCUUAUGUAUUUCAAAAUAUUUUGAUGGUAAUACAUGUUAGUAAUUAGUGCUUGCAGUGGAAUACCAGUUACAUUUUAGAAACAAGAAAAAGUUCUAUGACUUUAUUUGGUUAAUCACUAUUUCAGUUUCUUUAUCUAUCUUCCAAGGUCAUUGGGGGUUUUCUGGGUGAGAUAAGGAAAAGCAACUCCAUUUUAGUUCAGAACUUGAAGCCAUAAAAUAAUUUGGUUGUUUGGGGGCACUUAAUUAUUUUUCAAAGAAGUUCAUUAGUAUAAUGCAAACACAAGUUGAAAGUGUAUGCCACAGCCAUGCAUUCAGCUGUACUGGGUAAGAUCUUUUGCUUCUGAUUUCAGGUGGGGAAGUGAUAUGGUACAAAUCGAGCUUCAAGCAUAUAUAUGCAAUCAGCACAAUCCAAAGUUCCAUUCUUCACAAAAUAAAGAAAUAUUUUUUAAUCUCCUAAAGUAUUAAACUUACUCUCAGAGAAAGUGUGGGGAAGUGAAUAACAGUGAAUUCUUAGCAGAUUGAACAUUAGACAAUAGAGUUCUUAACUUCUUCCCAACUGGGAAUCUUGUCUGGGGUAUGGCAGCAACAGAUGUCUUGAAGAUCUAAAGUAAAAGCUUUGAAUUUGUUGAUAGAUUUGAAUUGAUUCUUCUCUUUAAGGAUCUUGAAUAGUCUUGUUUGAGGGAAGAAAACUGUUUUUGUAAUAUCUUUCAUUUCUUAGGAUGCCUAUUGGAAUUUAUAAACUCCUCUUUGCCUCUUAAACAAAAAAAAAAUAUGUUGCUAUUUAAAUUGUAACAAAUUGCAAUUAAAGUGGAUUAAAUGU